CUAAGCACCCUGCUUAUCUCCGUUACGUUUCGUGAAGUUGCUUCUGGGGAACUUGUGAUGCCGGAAUAUGAAAGGGAUGAGAACAACCAUGUGAUUAUCCAGGUUGGCGAGCAAUAUUGUCGUCAUCCAGGGUGCACUGCCAGCGAGCAUCCUUACCUGACUGGAAACUUGCGGAAGCAUGUUGGCCGUCACAGUGAAGACCUGAAAGUUGCCGAGCGUGUCUUGGGUCGGAUUAGUUACAUUGAACAGGAGAAAGUUCGAGCCCCGUCAACCACUCCUUCGGUCAUCAAUCGCAACACCGGUCGCAAUAGCAAUCGCAAUGUCAAUACCAAGACGGUCCCAAAUGCCUGA